AAAAGAUUCACAUUGAGCCAGAGUUGUUCUUUUAGCUGUGAAUAUAACAUUUGAAGAACUGCAGCCGUUUGCUCUUCAAUGACCUGGACGGAGCUCCUGCUAGAGAUCAAAUGGAGAACAUUUCAUCCCCUUUCCCUCUGGAUAACUCCUCCCUCUCUUCCUCUUUUCUCUCCCUUUGUCCCACUUUCACCACCCUCUUCUUCCUCCCCUCUGCCUACACCUUCCUCUUCCUCACCGCUCUCCCAGGGAACAUCCUCUCUUUGUGGGUGUUUCUCCGCUGUAUCUCCACCGUCUCCCCCACCCACGUCUACCUGUCUCAUCUGAGCAUCUCCAACCUGAUUCUAUCUCUCACCACUCCCUUCCUGGCCGCUUACUACGCGUGGGGCUCUGAUUGGACGCUGAGCAGCGCUCUGUGUCAGCUGGUUCUUCACGGCAUCACCCCGGUUCUGCACAUCAACAUCUACAUCAGCAUCAUGAUCCUCACCUGGGUGGCGCUGAGCCGCUUCGCCUCCCUCAUACAGCACACCCACGCCUCCAGACCCAACCGGUGCAUCGCCUUUCUUCCUCACGGUUUCUUCGCCCGCCUCAAGAGAACAUCCUUCGCCAACAGAGUUUGCAUCGUCGUGUGGUCGGUGGCUAUCGGAUGCGUGGUACCCGUCACCGUUAUUUACUCCAUGAAGGAAGCGGUGAGCGUGAAAAAAGCUGUUGUUGCAUGUACGGAGGUUUGCUACAGCCCAACGGUGGAGAUCGGAGGAAGACUUUCUGCUGGUUUGGCCGUGAUCGUGAUUACUCUGUUCUUCCUCUUCUACCUGCUGGUUCUGAUGUCUUAUAUGAUGGUUCUGAGGCAUAUUGGGCGAUCACGGAAAAGCACGAACGUCACUACGUCCCAAAGUCUGCUGGGGAGGGUGCUACGAAACAUCGUGGUCAUACAGGUUGUUCUCUCGGUUUGUCUGCUGCCGUAUCACAUCUACAAACCCAUCUUCAUCUCUCUGGCUAACGACCAACGACAGCUGAGAUAUUUACCGGGACCAAACAUCUGUAAACAGUGCCAUCCAUUCUCCAUCUUAGUCGAGCUGAAGAACUGUUUGCUGCUUUUGGCCGCUUUGAGAGGAUCCACGGACCCUUUAAUGUACUUCCUGUUGGACAAGACCUUCCGUCAUCAAACCCUGAAACUCUUAAGGUGCAACCAGAACAAAACUGGAAGCACGAAAUCCUCCUCGGUCACAGGAAGCAACACCACCUAGGCUGGCCCGCUGGAGGAAGGGAACCUGGCCACAGUUACAGCGGAUAUAAGUCAAGGAAGUUUUCUGUAAAUGUUAAAAGAUGUACAAGAGGCCCUUCUGAAAUAGCCGUGUCAGAGUCGAUGCUUUUAAAUGUCUCUUAUUUUGAUAGAAACCUUAAGAAAAAUUCCUUUAACAUAAUAUGAAACAGAGGAAUCUUUAUUUUUGCGAGUGUAAAAACCAUAUUUAGGCCAGUUUUGAAUGUAAAAUUACCAAUUAUAUUAUCAAAAAAGUUAUUUUUGUUUAAUACUUGUCUAAUAUUUGCAGCUGUAUCAUGUUUUCAUGGUUAGGAAGAGGCAUUCAUUCAAAUAUAAUGUUUGAAAUAUUCCAGUUUCUUAAUAUAAUCAGGUGUUUUAUCUAUUCAGUUAAAAAGGAAUAAUGAUAGUCUUACGUUUCCAUGGUAGUUUGGCUUUAUAGCAGUCAAUGAAACUGGAGUAUAAUGUUUUGUAAUACAUCGGUUUUUAUGACAUUGAGAUAUAAGACUUUACAUCGUCUCACAUUUUGGAUAUUGUCCUAUCACAAGAUGGCAUAAGUGUUUAUCUUUCCUGGUUUAAAGACUGUGUUUAAGUCAAGUUAUGUAUUUGUUUGUUUUAAUAUUUCAUUAAGCAGCAAGUGUCAACCUUAAAAUAUCGAUAAAGGUUUUUAGUUGUUAAAUAUGGGGAUAUUUGAUGUACUAUAUAUCUCCGUACCCUACUGAAAUCAACCUAAUGUUGUUUGUAGCUGAAUAUGGAUGACAAUUGAUCCAAAUCAUAGACAAAAUACUAGAUAGAUACUAGAUUUAAACAUAUUGAACUGAAACUAAAAGCCAUUAAUAAAGAAAAAGCGAGUUACAUUUUA